UCAUAGACAUUUUCAGAAACAUCGAGAGGUCUCUGGUCCAGCUGCUCCCCGUUCCUCUGCAUCUCUAGUGGAGCGCUCGCCUCACCGAAACCCACCUCACUCGCACCCUAGCUGCCGGCUCCAGCACCUCAAUCAAGAUGGCAAAGGUCUCCCAACCAGAGCUAAAGCGCUUCCUCGAUAAGCGAGUCUCUGUGAACAUCCAAGGAGGCAGGAAGAUCAAUGGCACCUUGCGGGGAUUCGACAUCUUCCUCAACUUGGUAGUGGAUGAGGCGGUGGAGCAGAUUCACCCAGAGGGACCGGGAGGACAGGCCAACACGAACGCUUGGACCGAUGGAGCAGGUUGUGGGAUGGUGGUUGUGAGAGGGAACAGUGUGACCUCGUUAGAGGGCCUGGAGGCGAUCCGGACAGGAAUGUAGCGGCAUCAAGAGCCAAGUAGAAGAGGCUCAGAGAAACACCUACAAGCACUCUCCCUUCAGUCAUGAUCAUCUUUUCCCCUUUUGUAUAAUGCCAGCCCCUCCUCUGUUCAGUCAAUGUCACUCGUGCAUACCACACCUUUCUUGUCAC